CUCUACCUCUCUCCUUUUGCAUUGCCUUCCCAUAUCACUUCAAGGAACAGUGAAAAAAAAUAAAAUUCCACCGAUAAUCCAAAAAUACCUGUUCAAGUUGGCAUCUAUCAACAGAUUACUUGAAUCUAAAAAAAAGGAACAGAAAUGCCACCACCAGUAGGCGCCCCCCUACACCCACCUCCUGAUGGAGGCUGGGGCUGGGUAGUGGUCGGAGCAUCUUUUAUCUCCAUUGGAUUUUCAUAUGCAUUCAAAAAAAAUGUCACAGUGUUCUUCAAAGAAAUUCAGCAAAUAUUCAACACUACCUACAGUGAAAAAAAAUGGAUAUCAUCCAUUAUGCUGGCUGUUAUGUAUGCAGGAGGUCCCAUAAGUAGUGUUCUGGUGAAUAAAUAUGGUAGCCGACCAGUGGUGAUGGUAGGAGGUUUAUUAUGCUGUUUGGGAAUGGUCACAGCCUCUUUUAGUACCAACGUAAUAGAGCUUUACCUCACGAUGGGAUUCAUUUGUGGUUUAGGUCUAGCCUUCAACCUGCAACCAGCCCUAACGAUCAUUGGCAAAUACUUCUAUAAGAAACGACCCAUGGCUAAUGGCCUUGCCAUGGCAGGAAGUCCUGUUUUCUUAAGCACAUUGGCUCCUUUCAAUCAGUACCUUUUUAAUACUUUUGGCUGGAAAGGAAGCUUCUUGAUUUUGGGAGGUAUCCUGUUGAAUGCCUGUGUGGCUGGGUCCCUCAUGAGACCUGUUGAACCCAAACAAGUUACCAAUAAGUCUAAAAAUAAGAUUGGCAUAAGAGUGGAUGAUUCAGGUGUGAAGAAAAGCCAUAAGAAGAAAUCAGCAUGGGAGAAAGUCAAUACGUAUUUAGAUUUCUCCCUUUUUAAGCAUAGGGGAUUUCUGAUAUAUUUAUCUGGAAAUGUCAUUAUGUUUCUAGGGUUUUUUGCCCCCAUUAUAUUCUUGGCUCCAUAUGCUAAGGACAAAGGAAUUGAUGAAUAUUCUGCAGCUUUCUUGCUGUCUAUUAUGGCUUUUGUUGAUAUGUUUGCUAGACCUGCUGGAGGACUCAUUGCAAACUCCAGACUUAUCCGCCCCCGAAUCCAGUACUUCUUCAGUUUUGCAGUCAUGUUCAAUGGAGUGUGCCAUCUCUUGUGCCCACUGGCAGAGGACUACACAAGCCUGGUGUUAUAUGCUAUAUUUUUUGGUCUUGGAUUUGGGAGUGUUAGCAGUGUCCUCUUUGAAACUCUCAUGGACCUGGUUGGCCCUCAAAGGUUUUCCAGCGCUGUAGGACUUGUCACAGUGGUGGAGUGUUGCCCCGUUCUUCUUGGUCCUCCUCUUGCUGGGAAAUUGGUGGAUCAAACUGGACAGUAUAAAUACAUGUAUAUAGCCUGUGGGGCUAUUGUGUUCCUAUCAAGUGUGUGGCUGCUGAUCGGCAAUGCUAUAAACUACAGAUUGCUUGCAAAGGAAAAGGAGGAGGAAGAAAGGAAGAAGAAACUGCAUACACCUGAGUCCAGAGAGUCUGAACCCUUGAACAAAUCUAACCAUCAUGAUGUUAACGUCAAAAGUACAAGAACAGAGAAUAAUUCCUCAGAAAGAGAAACUAAUAUUUAACAAGAAUCACAUCUCUGAUUUCAGUGUUUAUGACUUUCUUAGGAGUAUUUUUUUUUCAAAAUAUUGGGGAAGUUUUUACUUGAAAUGAGGCAUAACGAAGGAUGGAGAUGAGAUUUUCCUCAAUGGCAAAUUUUUAUAAGUUUAUUUUUUAACACUUGUUUGGAUAGUCCAGUUUUGAGAUUAUGCCUAUAAAGAAUCCAUGCAAUGGGUUUAUUUCCAUACAUGACUCUGGUUGUCAUGGUUAAAAUAAUUUUAAAGUCUUCCAGUGACUUCCAGUCUUGGUUAUAGAGAUCUGAAUCCCAAACCACUGGUUUAAGUAGUUAGAAGGUGUAUGUUUAAUCCUAUAAGAAUACCCUGUCCAAAUAUCAUUUUUUAGUGUUAAAUAGAAUUGAAGGAAAAUGAAUUUUCUUCUGGUGUGCACAUGCACACACACACACACACCUCUAUGUACACACGUGCACAGAGUCCCAGCGAACAAAAGACAAGUAAGUUCAAAAAGAAUAUUAUCACUUUUUUUAACUUUAAAAAUAAAUCCAUAGAGAAUGAA